CCGCACAAAGUCCAGCCGCAAUCUGUAAAUAAGCCAAUAAAAUCAGAGGUUUAUUCAAGCCAAAAAUCUACUCGAAUCGCCAGAGUCCAGAGAUUUUCUGUGAGAUAUUCGAGGUUCUUGCCCCAUUUGGUAUUGGUGGCACGUUUACUUGCAACAAAGGCAACGCACAGCGACUCAAAAACAGCUGCGCAACGAAAUCGCAGUGCGAAUUCAAUUAGGCGAGAAAGUGACGACGAACUCAAGGUUCCUCUUGGCUUCGUAUCUUCCGCCCCCUCCGCCCCCCUCGAUCCAAGGAUAAAGGCUUCCAAAUGUUAAAUUUGAAGAGGCGUGUCAGUGUAUUAGUGUAAAAGCAUUCACUUUUAUGUGCGUGUGUGUGUGUGUCAGAUUGUGCCAAAUUACCGUAGAACAAUAGGAAAAUUGCAACGCUUUUACUUUACUUACCAAAUAUUAACAAUAACAAUUCAAUACAAAUGUCUGCCGUUGAACUAAAUGGCAAUGUGCCGGCAAUGGAAUUUCAUCAGAGACAGCACAUGGUGGCGCCUUUUGCGGGCGCACCGGCUGGCUUCGCUGCCGCACCUGGACCGGCGGCUGCGGCCGCUGUGGGUGCACCAACAGCAGCAGCAGCAGCGGCGGCCGACAGUCUGUCUCUGGCCGUGACAGCAGCCACGAUAAAAAGUGAGCAGCCGGCAGUGGGCAUGCAGCUGAAGGCAUCGGGCGAGUCCUCGGCCGCUGGCAAUGGCAACACAGGAGGAGCCGCCGCAGGAGCGCCAACAGCGGGCUCAACAGCAGUGGCAGUGGCAGCGGCCACCAGCGUUGCCGAUGGCGUUGUUGUUAACACGCCGCUGUAUAUGCAACAACAAAAGACAAAUCUGUCAACACAACAACAACAACAGCAGCAACAAGCAACACAACAACAGACACAGUACAAUGGCAGCAUCAGCAAUGGAGCUGCUGCCGUCGUGCCAGCAACAACUGCCACGACGCUGGUCACGCAACAACAGCAGCAGCAGCAACAACAACAACAACAACAGCAGCAGCCACCCGCAUCUCUGACAAAUGGACACGCCAUGGAGCAACUGCAGCAGCAACAGCAGCAGCAGCAACUACCGCAUACCCCACAGAAUGUGCUCAGCAUUUCCACAGUAUUGAUUGCCAAUGAGGCAGCCGAGCCACAGCAGAACUCAGCGUUGCCACAUGCUGGCGGUGGCGCCACCGCAGGUGGCACUGCCGGAGCUGGCGGCGGUGGCGGUGGAGGGGGAGUUGGCAGUGGAAGUAUUGGUACGCCAAGCUCACCGCUCAGCAGCUCACCGUCCAGCGUUACAGUUGUUGCCGCCACAGCAGCCACACUCAACGGCAACAGCAGCAGCAGCUGCAGCAACAACAACAACACCAGCAACAGCAACGAUGGCAAUGCAUCGGGCAACACAUCACCAAUUGCCAGCGGCGAGCCGCUGCUACAAACACCACCAGCCGCGCAGCAACAGCAGCAGCAACAACAACAACAACAACAGCAGCAGCAGCAGCAACAACAGCCAACACUCAAUAUAUGCAGCAGUCCAACAGCAGGCACCUCGGUGACAGCCAGCUCGAUAGCAGCGGGCGCCUUGGCAGCAACCAGCAGCAACAGCAUCUCGACAGGAUUGCUGCCGACCACCGGGCUGGAUAGUAAUGCCAAUUGCGGCGUUGCAGCUGCAGCUGCAGCUGUUGCCGCCAGCACAUCGCAGGUGUUGGCGCAUCUGAGUGGGGCAAGUGGCAUCAUGACUGCCGCGGUGCAGUCCCCGAAUGUGGUAACUAGUCUGAGCAGCGCUCUAGUCCCAGCCCAGCCCGUCUCAUCGGUGGCAGCUGCCGUUGCUGCUGCCGCCUCGUUGGAUCCCAAGAGUCAGCCGAAGCGUCUGCACGUCUCCAACAUACCGUUCCGCUUCAGGGAUCCCGAUUUGCGUGCCAUGUUUGGGCAAUUUGGCCCCAUUUUGGAUGUGGAAAUCAUUUUCAAUGAACGCGGCAGCAAGGGAUUCGGUUUUGUAACAUUCGCUAACAGCAACGAUGCAGAACGAGCACGCGAACGUCUUCACGGCACCGUGGUUGAGGGACGCAAAAUCGAGGUGAAUAACGCCACUGCACGUGUACAAACCAAAAAAGUGACAGCAGUACCCAACGUUGUACUGACCAAAGACGGUGCCAUACCGGCUCCAGCUCUAGUUUGUGUGCAAUGGCCUGAAGCCGUAGCCGCCGCUGCCAUGCGUGGAGUUGCCAUACAGCGUGGACACGUGGGCGUGGUCGGUGCCGCACCCUACCAUCAUCCCCAUCAUCCGCACCAUCAUCAGGCGCUGGCAGCCGUCGCUGCCGCCGCCCAGCAGCAACAGCAACGUCAAGUGGCCGCCGCCGCCGUGGCCGCAGCAGCCGCCCAACAGCAGCAGCACCAGCAACAACAGCAGCAGCAACACCAACAGCAACAGCAGCAACACCAACAACAACAGCAGCAGCAGCAGCAACAACAACAACAGCAACAACAUGCCGCAGUCGCCGCCGCCGCCGCUGCCCAACACUCACAGCACGCCGCUGUCGCCGCCGCCGCAGCCGCCGCUGCUGGCCACACACAUCCGCAUGCCCAUGCGCACGCCCUCGCCCCCCAGCUGGCCCAGCUGCAGCCAACGCUCCAGGCCGUCGCCGUGCCCGCUGGCGCUGGCAGCGCUGCGGCAGCUGCUGCCCAGCAGCAAUCGGUGCUGCAACAAUCACUGGCAGCGGCUGCUGCCGCACAGAAUCAGGGCGUGGCGGGCAAUGCCGCUGCCGCCGCGUAUGCGGCUCGCCUCUCCGCUGCUGCAACGGCUUCCCAAACGCCGGCCGCUGCUGCUGCGGCUGCUGCUUCCAUGGCUGCGUCGGCCAAUGCGGCCAACAGCGCUGCAGCUUUGCAUGGAUUUGCGCCCGUAUACUAUGAUCAUCCCUUCUUAGCAGCCGCCGCUGAUCCAAAUCUACGCUUCCAGGCAGCCGCCAAACCGGUCACUGAAGUUCCAGCCGCACAGCCAGCCGCCAUAUUAAAUGCCACAGCUCCGCUGUUAAAGACACCCCUGUCUCAGGCCCAGCAGCAGGCAUACGCCACAGCGGCCACCACCUACACGGCGGUCGCUGCCCGGUAUGGCGCCGCCGCAGCUGCCGCCGCCCAACCAGCACUCGCUGGCUACGCCACCGUAGCGGGUUAUGCGCGCGAAUAUGCGGAACCUUAUCUAGGCCAUGGAAUUGGACCCGUGCCUGGCUAUGGGGCAACAAUGUAUCGCGGUGGACGAUUCAUGCCAUAUUAAAAAGCUACACAAGUCAGCCAAAUAAUGCACUUGGACUCCUCUCGAAAAUGCUCAAUGUAUGAACAAAAAUUAGACGUAAAUACUCGUACUCCUCCUCUACAGUGCAGUAA